AUGGGUUUGUUUAGUAUGAAGCAAUCUUUUGUUAAUGAGAAAAGUUCAUUUCCAGUGAAAACUAUUAUUAAGAGCAUUUUACUCUUUGUAUUAGUGAGCACAAUUGUGAAAACACUGUUGAAUAACCGUUAUACCUUGUUGACAACCCUCUUUCCAGAAAAGUUUUAUGGUAGAGUACAAGAAUAUGGGAAUCCUGAUGUAAUAUCACAAGUUAACUAUGACGUGGAUGAUCUAAACCCAGUUAGUCCAAUUAGAGUUAUAAUUUUUGCAAGUGCUUUAAUGUUACUAUCUGUACCUUUUAUGCUUUGA